CCACCCCCACCAGGCCCACCUCCCCCCAGUAUCAUCACCAGCAGUGAAAUGCCAAACCUAUACAAAUACCUCCGCCCCCUCACACAGCAGCUGUCCAAGCCCCUCCUACGUCCCAUCACCCGCGCAACCAUGUCCACCGCCACCGCCGUCCCCAAGCACGAAUGGCUCUGUAUCCUGCCCGACAUCCCCGGCGUGCACGAGAAGCGUCUUGAGAUCCGCCCGCUGCACUUCGCGGGUAUACAAGCUCUCGUUGCUGACGGGUUCCUGACCUGGGGCGGCGCCGCCCUGAACGAUGUCCCCAAGGACAAUACGGACGCGAAGACGUUCGACUUCCACGGGAGCGUGUUGACCGCGGUCGCGGCGACCAGGGACGAGGUCGUUGCUAGGCUUAAGGAGGAUCCGUAUACCAAGCAUGGAGUGUGGGAUUGGGAGAAGGCGCAGAUCUUUUUGUUCAAGUGUGCGGUUCGGGAGCCGUUGAAGAAAUAGAUGGAGUACCGGGGAUGGCGGGGAGGAAACAUCAUCACACAUACAUACAAGGCGUUGAUCAUGAAUGCAAUGCAAUGCUACCGGUACCGUAUUGCGGCAACUUCCCGUCUCUCACCUACGCUACAACACCAAAAACUCAUGAAAUCCACAGCUUCCGACACAGU